AUGCUAAAUUAUUAGAUUUUAAUAAUAUACUCAAUUUUAUUUUGUUCUUACUCAGUAUAAAUACCCAUUGAAGAAGUGAGUUUCGCAACUUAUAAAGAAUCUGGAUUUAAAUUGACUAAUUCAAAAAUCCUCAUAAAUAGCACUGAUAUCGAUACUCCUAAUGUUUUUUUUACGUUUUUCCCUACUCCUAUUCUUAUUUUGAAAUUGUAUAUUAUAUAAAUAUACAACACAGUAAAAUUCAUACAUUUCGAUUGUAAUAUAAAGGUUUGGUUGAUGAUGAUGUAAAUUGUUUGCAUUUAGAAAUUUAUGAUGUAAAAGUAUAACAGCCAAAGAAAAAAGUGGGAGGUAUAUAGUUCUGGAAUGAUGCUAAGAUGGUUUCCAAUAAAAUUGAGAAAUUAAUUAGAAUUUAUGUUUAUAUUUGAUUUAAUAAAUUUAGUGAAAUAGCCUUCAAAAAACCAAAAAUGUAUAGAUUGUGGUGAUUGA